AUGGCGGAUGCCGGCAGCAGCGCCGCCGCCGCUUCGGCCGCGAGGAGGGCCCCGUCGACGUCGACGUCCUCACCGGGGUGCCGCGGGGGGCGCGGGUGCGCGCCGGCGCUGGGGCGGCUGGUGCGGAAGCUGCGGCGGCAGAGCAGACUGCUGUGCGCGGCGCGCCACGGCGCCGCGUCGUCGUCGUCGUCGGCCGCGCGGUGCUGCCACCAGUACGACCCGCUCAGCUACUCGCGCAACUUCGACUUCGGCACCGCGUUGGACGGCAACGAGGCCUGCUCCUUCGCCUCCCGCUUCGUGCUCGCCGCCUCCGCCGCGCGGCAGCCGCAGUAG